GGCUUCGGUCCGCGAGGGGAGGGGACCGGAGCUACCGCCUUCGAAACCGGCGCAGUAGUAUACGCGCGCUCGACUCCCACAAGCCGCGUGUCGCUUGCGCACGCGCACCUUUCAAUACAGAAACACAGAGAAAUUACCAAAGACACAACAACUGGAUUACAGUGAACAAACUCAUAGUGCAUCGUUUUUGUGAACACCAAGUGUGUGAUAAAGUGAUAAAGACAAUUGUAACUCUGAGUGCGAUAACUAUUAACUGUUUUAUGGGCUCACAAUCUACGUGUAUUGUGCGCGCUGCUAAUCUAUCCAUCCACCUGUUUCACUUCUGCGGUUGGACUGUGAAAUGUAGUAACAAAAAAUUGCAAUGAGCACCCAUUGUCGUGAGCGACCGCCGUUUGUAAACUUCGUGGGUUGACUACCUGACUGUUGGAGGGUUGGUUUCACAACUCAUCGGGCAACUGAUCGCCUUAUGAAUUUCCAAACGAGAUGUCGGACACCGGUGGAGCAGUAGUGUCUAGGGAAUCGACACCUCGUCCCGUUGCAGACCCUCCUGUAACUGCCCCACUUAGGUCAAGACAUGACCAAUUCCUUGCAAGUUCUGCUGAAAGAGCUCAGCAAAGACCUUCUUCGAGCGGUAGAAAUGCUACCGGAAAUUUUGAAUCCCCUCCUCUACCUUACCAUAGGCAAAUAAACACUGGCUCCUUACUUACUUCUACUCACCGCGAAUCAUCCGCUUUCGUUCCCGUCGUUCCCACAAGGUCUAUGCAUCCUGUGAUAUACACCAAUGAAAUGCAUCCAGCUUUAAUCCCCUCCGAUAUUAUGGAUAGGGAAAGAAUGAUGGAAAGAGAAAGAGCAGAACCUUCAAAGAGUUCACCUGACAGAAAUUCUGGUAACUUCCAAAAAAGGAAUUCAUUUGAUCUUAUGGCCAUGAUGGUGGAGAAGCGUAAAGAAGUGGCGUUACGAGAAGCGGCAGCCGCAAUGCUUAUACCUCAUCACAGGACGUCAUCAAUGGAUGGAAUGAUGUCCGAUGGUUCCUCCCAACCGCCUAUUUAUGGUCCUCCAGGUGCAUUUUUAGGAGCACCUGGACCAUCCCCUACAACUCCUGGAAGUUUUACCUUUCCAGGCGCUGGACUAUUUCCACCUGGUGCUGGUCCACACCAAAUACAUCCGCACUUAGAUAGAAGACUGCUACGAGCACCGGGAAGAGCUUCAAGGCCUAAGAAGCAAUUUAUAUGUAAAUUCUGCAACCGACAAUUUACAAAGUCUUACAAUCUACUCAUCCACGAAAGGACACACACCGAUGAGCGACCCUACUCAUGUGAUAUUUGCGGGAAAGCAUUCCGAAGACAGGAUCAUUUGCGAGACCACAGGUAUAUACAUUCUAAAGAAAAACCAUUUAAAUGUACAGAAUGUGGAAAAGGAUUCUGUCAGUCCAGGACUUUGGCGGUUCACAAGAUCCUUCACAUGGAAGAGUCUCCCCACAAAUGCCCAGUUUGUAGUCGAAGUUUCAAUCAACGCUCAAAUUUGAAAACUCACCUUCUGACACACACUGAUCAUAAGCCGUACAACUGUAAUUCUUGCGGCAAAGUAUUCAGAAGAAACUGUGACUUGAGACGACAUGCAUUAACUCAUUCGGUUGGUGACGUACCUCCUGGAGAUGUCUUAGAUGUAGGAGAAGAAGAUAUCGGCAGACCUGGUUCUCCUAUUGAGCCAGGUUACGAUGAUGAGGACCCUGACAUAUCUUCUCCAGAACAUUCGCCAGUACGUCGAGCACGGUCAUCGUCUAUUGAAAGUAUUGGCCGAGAACAAAGUGAAGAAAGGCCAAGGCGGUCUUCACCUUCACCUGUAGAGCGUACACAUUGUCAUCACAAUGAAAACAGAGACAGAGCCAGCCCCUAUACGAUGCGUCCUCAACAUUCAGAUAAACAUCGUAUGCCAUGUGACACAUACGAGAAACGACGCUACACCUCUGAUGAGAUAAUUGAAAAAGAAAUGCGCUACUCAGAUGUAUCAGAACCACAAAUAAGACACCCUCAGCUGCAAAUCCGAAGAGACUUACAUCAAGUUCCACCACCAGAUCAUUCCAAAAUUGGUCAAAUGACAAGUCCGCCUAUUGAACCUGGGCCCUCAAGUGUAUAUUUGACUCCAUACAGAAAGAGGAGUCAUCCGCCCGAUCUCGGAGAUAAUAUGAGAACUUGUGCUGCAAUAUAUAGAAGUCGUUCACCUGAACCCACAAAUUUGACAAUGCCUCGUCAGUCACUAGGUAAUAGUGACGUGGUGGUCGGUCUACCACCAACUAUUAUGGGAAUCCCAUCAUACCAUAAAUUUGGCUUGCCUUUACCACCACCACAUCCACAAAUAGCUUACGGUCCUGUUGCUCAUACAUUGCUAGGACCACAACAGACCGUUGCUCAAGAUUUAAUUGUGAAACACGCGCCUCCUAAAGAUACAGCUCCAAUUGCUUCUACAAGUGUUACGAGCUGUAAAGAAAGCCCUCAAAGUAACGUGAAGGACCAUGAGGAAAAUAAUUCUAUUUAUAUAGCUAAUGGUAUAAAAAAUAUUGUUGGUAUACAACCUAAUAGUAAUCCUAAGCCUGGAAGCAGUCAGUCUAGCGGACCGAAGAAAGGAUUUAGUAUAGAAGAUAUAAUGCGACGUUAGCGGUAAAUGAACAGUUAAAUUGAAUUUUGUAAAGGGUUUAGUGAGAUAAUUUGUCUUUUUGUCUCAUUACCCACAUAAUUAUAAAUUGGUGUAGUUAUUAAUCCUUUUCGAGAAGUAUUAUUAGUAAAGUACCUAUUCAUUAAUUGUCAUGUAGAAUUGUUAGAGGUAUGUUUGUACGUAUUUGCAAUGUGGAUUUGGUUUUCGUGAAGAUCUCAUAAGGUUUGUUUGUGCAGUGUUUUGUUUACCUCCAAAUUUUAAAAAAACUAGUUUAUCAAAAUUUUAAACUUUUUUAUUUUUAUUUCCUUUGUUAUUGUUGGAUAUGAAUGUAAUUUAAACAAAACAGUUUGACUUUUAUUGAAAUCCAUCAGUGCUGAUAACUUGAAAUAACAUAAGGUUUAGAAUAGUAUAGACUGGUUCUUAGUUGUAUUGACUGUUAUUUAUUAUGUAGUUAUUAGGAUAUGAACUUUUUUGCAAUAAAAAUUAUAUUUCGUUUAGUUAUGUAUCCAUAUUCAUAAAUCGUGAUUUAGUAUUAUUUUUUAGUUUUUUUCGGUGUAAUUUAAUGUAAAUAAAUAUUUUGAUGAUUUGUAUGUAAUAAUUUUAUAGAUGCAGUACGAUUUUAUAAUAAAAUAAUUGUAAUUGUUAAUUUAUAUUGCUGAUGAAUGUUUUGAUAUGAAACAAUUUUCAAAAACUAUUUGGAUAGGAUGUUAUAAAACAUGUUCUUGGAAAUAUAAAGAGAUGUGGAAUAUAGGAUAUUGUGUCAAUGUAUGAAUUUAAAAAGGGACGUUUGUGUCCUCACACAGUGUUUGCUCAUUUAUAUUAAGCGAACUGCAAUGUACAAUAUUUUCAUAAUAAAUUAUAAUGAGAAU